CCCCUGACCCCGUCCCUUCCCCGCAGGCGAGUACUGGAUCGACCCCAACCAAGGCUGCAACCUGGACGCCAUCAAGGUCUACUGCAACAUGGAGACGGGCGAGACCUGCGUCUACCCAACCCAGGCCACCAUCGCCCAGAAGAACUGGUACCUCAGCAAGAACCCCAAGGAGAAGAAGCACGUCUGGUUCGGCGAGACGAUGAGCGACGGCUUCCAGUUCGAGUACGGCGGCGAGGGCUCCAACCCGGCCGACGUGGCCAUCCAGCUGACCUUCCUCCGCCUGAUGUCCACCGAGGCUGCCCAGAACAUCACCUACCACUGCAAGAACAGCGUCGCCUACAUGGACCAGGACACGGGCAACCUGAAGAAGGCCCUGCUCCUCCAGGGCGCCAACGAGAUCGAGAUCAGGGCCGAGGGCAACAGCCGCUUCACCUACGGCGUCACCGAGGACGGCUGCACGAGUCACACCGGCGCCUGGGGCAAGACAGUCAUCGAGUACAAGACGACAAAGACAUCCCGCCUGCCCAUCAUCGACUUGGCCCCCAUGGACGUUGGCGCUCCGGACCAGGAAUUCGGCAUCGACAUCGGCCCCGUCUGCUUCUUGUAAACCGGACCCCCCCCCCACGCGUAACAGGAGAGAGUAAUAAUAAUAAUAAUAAUAAUAAAAAAAAAAAAACAGCCAAAAAAAGGAGAAAAUUUCACAUGGACUUGAAUUCGUGUCGGUUUCUAUUCCAGCGUCUCUAAAAUUAUUUGCGUUUCCAUAAAAAAAAAAAAAAUCAAAAAAAAAA